AUGAGCUUGGAAGGAGAUGUUGCGGAGGAAAAGAAGAAAAUCCCUUGGCAGAUUGUUGAGGAGCAAAUCAGCUCUGCAAGCAAGAACCAUCUGAGGACCUUCAAGGCAAUGCAGAAUAACUCCUCUUUAUUCCAACAUGCCAACUACAAAAUCCUGGCUGGAAUCCCUCCCCAGGAAAGGAAACUGCUGACAGUGGGGAUUUCCUUCGUGCAGCAUCCUCACGAAAGCUGCCUCUUGCACACCCUGCAGUCCCUGUUCCAGGCAUCCUCAGAACCUGAGCUGAGUUAUAUCGUGGUGCUGGUCCACCUGUUAAAUCCUGAUCCUGAGUGGCUCAGCCAAACAGUUGCCAAUAUUUCAAACCUCUUCAAACCACAUAUUGAAACCCAGAAGCUGCUUGUGAUCCAAGGUCUCCUCAAUGGCUCUUCUCUCCCCAGAGAUGUGAAUGACACCCAUCACUCCUCAUCCUGUAAAGCACUUUAUUCCAGGCAGAAAACAGAUUAUGGCCUCCUCAUGAACUUUGCUACUAACCUCUCCGAUUACUUUCUGAUGAUAGGAGAUAAUGUUCACUGUACCCUAAAAUUUAUUUCUACAAUCUAUUGGACAUUGGAAGCCUGGAAAGAAAUACCUUGGAUGAUCCUGGAGUUCUCCAGCCUGAGCUUCUCUGGGAAAGUUUUCCACAUGAGGGACCUCUCCCGCCUGACCUCAUUCUUCCUCCUCUUCCAGGACACUCCUACUGACUUGCUUCUCUCACAUUUUGGUUUCCUCUUGGGCCAGAGAGUGCCAAUUAGUCUCACUCCCUACCUUUUCCACUCUACAGAAAAUGAUUUCACUUCUGAGGAUGUAUGUUACCAAGAGAAAGAGAAAGAGGAAGAAAAUGAGCCUGAAAACCCUCCUGCUCAAAUCUACACUAACAUGAUGGUGAGAGGACUUCAUUUCCCAGAGUAUGCCUACUUUCUGAAUGAAAAUUACUUUCAGACCUAUUUUCUCAUUCCAGGUAACAUAUACGUUGUGAUUUUUGAUGAGCCGCAGAAAGUGACCCGGGUACAGGUGCUGACAGGCAUUGGUAAACGGGGGAUAUAUCAAGUGGAACAUGGGCAGGUGAAACUGGGCUAUGGGCCUAUUCAGAGGAAAAAAGGCUGCACCCACUAUAACCUGCUUGGACCAUUGGUGAAAGGGAAAUUGGAUCAGAAGAUAUAUUAUGAAGAUUUUGUGGAAGAAGUGAGAUGUGUACAACUGCUGGUGACAGCUUUUCAGGAUUCUAAGAUAUUGAUUACACAGAUCAAAAUCUGGAUUAAGUCUGAGGAAGAGUAG